CCAGUAGAAUCAAACAGAGGAGCAUUGCACACAUAAUUGUACACGUACCAUGUGUGGGUACAUUUGUACCCCACACACAUCAUCUGCAGGGGUUUCCAUUGGUUCUGACAGAAACACAUACCAUCACAUGACCCAUAAGCUGACCCUUUACCACACAGACCUUUGAGCUUGACCUUUUUCCAUUGAACAUAAUUAUUGUGGAUUACAUUCAAAACAUAGCAUCCCAAUUAUCCACAGAAAACAAGUUGAUGCCACAUCAUAUUAAAAACGUAGUUUUGGACCUGUCCCUUUAAAGGCCCCCAUUAAUAAACAUACCACGUACCAGUGGAAGUAGUGGGCCCUCCCAGUUCCCAGGCACCGCCCGGUUUCCUCUUUUGUGUGUGUGUGUGUGAGUGUGUCUCUGAAUGCCAGUGGAAAUGAAUAUACAGUCUUUUCAGUGUGGAAGUUAUCUCAUCCAGUAAAAAAAACACAAGAUAAUAAGAUAGAUUGCUUUAAUCUCUUUUUUAAAACUUAUACUAGAUCAACUGCUCAGAGAAGUGUCAACUAGCUAUGACUUAUCGUCUGUUUGAAGGCAAGAAGCAUGCUUCUUCCUACUGGAAAUACAGGAUCUCUCCAUCAGAUCAUCUAAUACAACAAGUGCUUGACUUCCUGGAAAAACAGAAAGGUCAUCCCUUUGAUCUGGCAGUGGAUGUGGGUUGUGGCUCCGGACAGGGGACAGUGCUGCUGGCUAAACACUUUGUCUCUGUGGUGGGGACAGACGUUAGUCCUGCCCAGGUGGAAGUGGCUCUGCAGAAUUCUAAAGAGCCAAACAUUACAUAUAGACAGUGUAUGGCCGAGGAGCUACCAUUUGCUGACAGCUCAGUGGACUUGAUGACAGCCAUGUCUGCCUUCCACUGGUUCGACCGACCACGCUUUCUCCAGGAGGCCCACAGAGUCCUGAAACCCUGUGGCUGCUUGGCUCUGCUCAACUACACCAUUGACAUGGAGCUUAGCUAUCCUGACUGCUGCUCACACACACUCAACCAAGUGUGCAAAGAGUUUUAUGCAGCCUUGCAACCUUACCGCAGUCCCCACCUUGGACCCAGCUCUAUUGAGUUAUACCGGGAAGCCUAUAAAUCAAUCCCAUACCCUGAGAAGGAGUGGCAAGAGUGUGUGUGGGUGAAAAGGUCCAUGCCUCUGUCCAGCUACAUGGGGUUGGUGGAGUCUUUCUCGAGCUAUCAGGCUCUGCUGAGAGAAGACCCGCAGAAAGCCACCAGACUCUCCCAGGACAUAUGUGAAAGGUUGAUGUCUAUAAUGAAGGUGACCUCUGUGGAGGCGGAGGUGGUGGUGGCUGUGAAGUAUUUCUACCUUCUGGCCUGCAAACCACAGGAAGCCUGACUCUUGCCAGCACUCGCAGUUUCAAAAAAUUCAUGAAUAUAGUUGAGGACACAGAAAUUUGAGCUACCCCCCAGUUAUUUAUCAACUUUUCUGUGAGUUAGUAUGUUUAGAUGUCUUUAUGUUACUUAUAUAUAAUUUUGAACUGCCUACAAAUACCACAAACAGAAUAGUUUGACAUUUUGGGAAAUACUGUUACUCAAUUUCUUGCUUAGAGUUAGCUGAGAAGAUUGAUGACCACUCUCAUACGAUAAAUACGAAGCUGGAGCCAGCAACUGGUUAGCUUAGCUUAGCACAGAGACUGAAAGCAGGGGGAAACAGUUAGCCUGGUGCAAAUAUAUAUAUAUAUUUUUAACAAGUUUUUUACACAUUUUUUGCAAGAAUCUAACAACCGAGAUAUAAUGUGUUAAUUAGUGAGCUUUAGAGGUGCUUUUAGGAAGAUUUCUUUCUGUGUGUGUGUCCUCUCUUAAUGCUCAGCUACGCUAACCGGCUGUUGGCUCAACUACAAAAUGUACCAUACCGACAUGAAAGGGGUGUCAGUCUUCUCAUGUAACUCUAACAAUGCUGCAGGAAAGUUGUACAGAUGAUAAGCUUUUAUACAUUUAUUUUUUGUAGUAAAGUGUAGAUUUAUGAUUGCAUCAUGUUAGCAGUAGCUACACUUGAAUAUUGUAAAUGAUCUGUUAUGUGUCAUUUUAUAAGGAACGACCUCCCCUUUGUACAUGUAGUAUAUAGAGAGGGUGUUUUAAAAAAUACCACUAGAGGGAGACAUUUGAUCAAAAUGCAUGGGACUCAUGUCAUCAUGUGCACCGACACACACAGUGAAACUGUAUGUAAACAAAAAUGAUAUUGUGUAUGAUUUUUUAUUUUGUUCUAUACAAUACUGAAACUUAAUGAAGUUGUCCUGCUGAGAAUUUGACUGAAGCAAGGCAAAAGUCCACUGUGUAGGUUUCAGAGCUGAGAUAAAGCUGAGUCAGGCACUUUCAGACUUUCUUUCCUGGCUUGAAAGUCUUGUCAGAAAUUCUAAUUCCUAUGUUUCUGGUCAUCUGGUCAAGCUAUUUAUCCAAAAGGAAGUAUUAGAGAAAGGGAUCAUUUAAAAUCAGGAUUGCUACACAUUUGGGCCAACAUAGUGCCAUACUUAAAUAACUUAUUUUACUUUUCUUUCAUUUGACACAUCUUUUAUCUUUUACACAUCUACGUAUCAAAGUC